AAAUUUAAAUUUUUCUGAGCAGGCAAACGGAUCCUUAACCUCCAGCGGAAGAGUCUAUCUAUAGGACUCAGAGGAGGGACUAGGGAGGGGAACCGAUAACUUUUUAUUCAAAAUCUCAUCUUGUAAUCUAGGGUUUUGAAUUUUGGGGCUCUUAGUAAUUAGUCAUUCCUCUAGGUGUCUACAACCUAUUUUCCCAGAGUUUUCCCGACGAAGUGCGAGAAAAUUCAAAACACUGUGGUGGGAUUUGUCUAACGCGAACCAUUUAGUUGUAUGUGCGCAAAUAUUCAGUUUUCUUGGAAUUGUUUGUUCUAGGAUUCUGCAUUUUUUUCUUUUUGUCUUUUAAAGUUUAGGGUUUGCGGGUUUGUUUUCUCCCACGGCAUCAAUCUAGGGUUUUGUAAUUCAUUUAUAGGGAAGCAAAUUUUUAGAUUUUUUUCUUUUUUUUCCACCCAAAAAAGUUCAAGGAGGUCCAAAACGCCAUGGUCAGGACUGUCAAACGUGAAGUGGGUAGUAGUAGCAGAGCGAAUGCAAACGAAGCCGGAGCGGAUAAUUCAGGUCACCAAGGUGUGACUGAACGUAGAGUCCUGCGCUCACGGUACCUCGCCGUGAAGAAUCAAAUUUGCGAUGGGAGAGAGGACAUUACCAAAGUUGAUUCUGAUAAGUUUAAGUCGAUCAUCAAUGAGGUUGAAAGCUUGCAUCAGCAAGUACAGAAGCCAAGAGAACAGGUUGCAGAUGCAGAGGCUCUUUUGGACAUCACAAACACCUUAGUAACCUCUGUGAAGGCUCAUGGCAAUGAAGGAAUUACCCCUUCGGAUUUUGUAUCCUGUCUUCUUCAGGAGUUUGGGCAAAAUCCCGGAGUAAGCACUAGUGCUGAGGAUGCUGGGAACUCAAUUGUUUGGAAGGACAUAGGCCUUGUAGUCUCACAUAUUUUCAAAAGGGCUUCUGGAUGUUGCACUAUGCUUGGUCCUAUGAAUACUGAAAUGAAGCAACGAAAGCCUGUUGUUCAUAAUAAGCGUGUGAGACCAACCGAAAGUGCUCGGCCUGAAGAGCUUGAUGAUACUGUCGUGGAAGAGAAAUCUGAUACUGAUAAGAAUAUGUCAAUUAUGUUUGAUAUCUUGAGGAAGAAUAAAAGGGUCAGGCUCGAAAAUCUCAUUUUGAAUAGAAACUCCUUUGCCCAGACAGUGGAAAAUUUAUUUGCUCUGUCAUUUCUUGUAAAAGAUGGGCGGGCGGAAAUAACUGUGGAUGAGAGAGGCUGCCAUCUAGUUUCACCAAGGAAUGCUCCUGCUGCCAAUGCCGUUGUCUCAGGGGAGGUCUGUUACAACCACUUUGUCUUCAGAUUUGACUUUAAGGAUUGGAAGUUGAUGGCAACUUCUGUUGGAGCUGGAGAGGAGCUGAUGCCGCAAAGGAAUUCAGUAAACCUACCUAACAACUCUCAAACAGACUCAGUAGCUGAAGAAUGUGAAGCAGCAGCAGCACCUACAACGCCAAUUAGGAAGUUGUCUAGGAAUCGUGGUCUGGUUUUACAGGAGCAGGCUGUGGUGGAAGACUCACCAGAAAGUGAUGAUGCAGGAACAAGAGCUGCUGUCAUCCGAAAGGGAAAGCGGAAGCUGAGGUGAGAUGCAAGAGUUUUCCCCUUAUGUCUAUGACUUGCAGACAACGUAGGAUAUGUUUUUAGUUUUCCCCAAAUUCAAUUCUUCCUUUGGAUGUUUUAUACAGUUAUACGUAUAUGUAACUUUGUAGCUUCAAGUGGUGUGUGGAAUUGAGCCACAAGUUUUUUAUUUCUUUGAUUUCUUGUAUAUGCCCUCGGAUUUGUUUCACUCUAUGAUCCUCUUCCUUUCCAUAACUUUCCUUCGGUUUUUCCUUUA